UUGGCAUGUGUUUCUAGGUCACUGUGAAGUACUAACGCAAUUUAUAAUUGAUGUCUCAGCGUCCAUCAUCGAUGUUGAAAAUGGAGAAUUAGCUUCAGUGCUGAGACCUUCUUUCAGUUAUUUGCAAGAGAAACUACUAAAGACAUCUAUAGUUGAUAGAUAUCUAUUUCUGUACAUUGAUAUUCUGAAUUAUUUUACUGCAUCUGAAAGUUUAAUAAAAGCUGUUAUACAGCACAGCAUGCCCAAUGAAGUGAAAAAUGGAAAAGCGUAUCAAAAUAGUUUACUAGGACUUCCUCUAAGUGUUUCAUGCCUUCCAAAGUCAGAGAUGGAACCCUUCGAAUUUUUUCAAGAACCAUCAAGAUACUCAUCACAGGAUCAUGCGAUUGUAGGAGAACGCUUAUGUUUGCCUCUAACUAAUAUUAUGAAGGACAUGUACCGUUUGUUUGAUAAAAUGUUACGGAAAUCAAAAGAAUCAAGAGAUUUGUUGCUGCAUUGGCUGGGAAAUUGUUUAGAUGCUAAUUCAGGACGUGCCAAAAUUUGGAAUAGUCAAUUGCCUGAAGUUUAUGCAGCACUUCAUGCAUCUGAUGGGUUUUUUACAAAUUUAACUGGUGUUCUUUUAUUAUUGUGCAAACCUUUUUCAGAGCCAUGCUGUCCAAUAUUAUUCAAAAUUGACCCUUUAUAUAGUGCUUCUCCUGUAUCAACAGAGAAAAAUAAAAAUGGAGUUCAUUUAAAAAGUAUAUCUUCAGAGACUUGCUUAUUACCAAGGGAUGAGCCAAUGAUCUCUGAGCAAAAACAGUUCAAUUUUACUACAGAAAUUUUCUUUGCUACACAUUAUGCAUUAAGAAUUGGGUUUCAUGUUAUUAAUGAAAGAAUGGUGAAACUAAAUCAAGAAUUGGUACGCAUACAGAGACUAUAUGAAGAGACUCGUGCUCAAGGGGGAGAAUCAUCUGAAGUUGGACAACGAAUAAAAGAAAAUAUGGAGAAAGGAAUGACGAAAUUUUUGACGUAUCGCACAGCAUUAUUAGUUCCAGAAAUUUUAGAUCUAAUGCUCAAAUUUCACAUUGCUACUGCCACAUGGCUAGUCAAAAUGUCAACAAGAGAAGAAUUUAAUGUUUUCAAGACACUGAGAUUUCCACCUCCUGCUGAAACAUCAUACAACUUAUCAUAUAUUCCGGAAUUCAUCAUUGAAAACACUAUAGAUUGUACAAUAUUUGUCCAGCGUUACAGUCAAAAAACAUUUGAGAUGGCUGGUCCUGCUCUAGAUCAUUUUAUGACAAUGAUUUUGAUGUUUAUGGGUAGUCCUGACAGAGUUAAAAAUCCUCAUCUAAGAGCUCAUUUGGCUGAAAUGCUGGAAUCACUUAUGCCAGUAGCUGAAGAUGAACCUAGUGCACUUUUAUCUGGCUCAAGAUUGCUUCGGGGUGGAAGUUUAAGCAGUGCCUAUCGGGAGAAACUGUUUUCUGGUCACCUCUUCAUUGAGGAAUUGAUUCCUACUGUAUUAAAUGUCUUUGUGAGUAUAGAAAUGACUGGGCAGAGUGUAGCAUUUGAACAGAAAUUUCAGUACAGAAGACCUAUGUAUAUUGUACUAGAUUAUCUGUGGAAUUUUGAAGUUCAUAAGAUGAAAUUAAAGGAAUUGGCUGAAGAAGCUGAGCGGAAAAUUGAAUCACCACAUCCACCUUUAUUUCUGCAUUUCAUAAAUCUUCUGAUUAAUGAUGCUAUUUUUCUGUUGGAUGAAGCUUUAUCAUAUAUGAGCAAACUUCGAGAGAUCCAGCAGCAGAGGGACAGUGGAUCUUGGAAUUCUUUAUCUUCUGAUCAGCAACAGCAGCAAGAAGGCAAUUUCCAGCAUAUGGGCCUGCUCGCUAAGUUUCAUAAUGUUAUGAGCAAUGAAACUAUUCACACUCUUGAGUGGCUUACAACAGAAAUCAAAUCAAUAUUUUGUCACCCGAGUAUAGUAGAACGUAUCACUGGUAUGCUGAAUUACUUUUUGUUGAAUUUGGUUGGACCCCAGAAGAAAAAUUUCAAAGUAAAAGAUCUCAAAGAAUAUGAAUUUAAACCCCAAGAACUUGUAUGUGACAUUUGUCGCAUCUAUCAGAACUUGGGUGCUUGUGAUGAUGAAUGUAGUGAACUGUUUUGUUCUGCUGUGUCACGAGAUGGCAGAUCUUAUACACGGGAUUUAUUUCCUCUUGCCCAAGUUGUGCUGAACAAAAUUGGACAAAGUGUUCUCGCUUCUCAACUUGAUAUUAUUGCAAAUAAAGUCCAUCACCUGGCUGUGAAACAGCAACAAGAUGAUGAACUAAUGUCUGGAGCUCCAGAAGAGUUCCUUGAUCCUAUUAUGAAUACUUUAAUGAAAGAUCCUGUUAGAUUGCCUUCUUCUGGAGUGACAGUAGAUCGUGCUACGAUAGCUAGGCAUCUUCUUAGUGAUCAAACUGAUCCAUUUAAUCGCAGUCCUCUGACAAUGGAUAUGGUAAUUCCAGAUGAAGAAAUGAAAAACAAAAUGGAUAAAUGGUUCAAAGAACGAAGAUUAGGAUCUUAAAGAAUGGAGGAACGAUAAAAAAAUAUUUCCAGUGCAUUUUAAUUAAACAUUUCAUAUAUCCUUAAAACUGGUUUUAUUGUGGUUUUGUUAUUUUGGUAACACUUUACAAAGUGGAAGUCACAUAACAUCAUUGAGCAAUAAUUCUGUAUAAUAGAAGGAGGUACUCAUAAUUUUGCAAAUUGCAUAUUUUUUAAGGAGCACUUGUAUUUCUAUAUUUCUAGAUUAAAGCAUAGUCUGUAUAUGAAAUAUGAAAUACAGUUUCAUCAAGUCAUAACCAGGUUUUCAUCACUUUUUGUAUCACACAGCUGUGCAUGUAUAAUGUUUAUUUUGAAAUAAAAAUGCGCUUUUUAUUUCUAUGCAUUGUUCGGCUGUGUGUAAGAUGAAUGUACAUGAUAAAUGUAUUGAAAUUUAAAGAAUAAUUCUCAAUAAACAUAACUAAGGUUAAUUUUAAUGUAA